AUGGUAGGGAUCAUCGGAACUGGUGGAAUUGGUAAGACAACUAUUGCCAAAGCUAUCUACAACUCAAUUGCUUCUCAGUUUGAAGGUAGUUGUUUUCUUGAAAAUAUUAGAGAAACUUCUGGCCAAAAGGGCCUGGUCCAUUUGCAAAAUAAACUCCUUUCUAAGAUCCUAGGAGGUUCAAGUUUAAUGGUCGACAAUGUUGAUCAAGGCAUUACUUUGAUAAAGAAGAGGCUUCGCCUAAUAAGGGUACUUUUAGUUCUUGAUGAUGUGGAUCAGUCGGUCCAAUUAGAAAAGUUAGUUGGAAAAGGUCAUUGGUUUGGCUUAGGAAGUAGAAUCAUUCUAACAACAAGAGAUGAAAAUUUACUUGGUGCACAUGGAGUUUAUUUACCAUACCGGAUGAAUGUGUUGGAUUACAAUGAAGCUCUUCAACUCUUUAGUUGGAAUGCCUUCAAAAGUGAAAAACCUCACAACGAUUUUGUAGAACUCACAGAACAUGUAAUAGGUUAUGCCGGGGGCCUUCCACUGGCCUUAGUAGUGCUGGGUUCAGAUCUAUUUGGAGAAAAAGUAGGUUAUGUUAGAAAAAUACUAGACAAGUGUGGUUUCUUCCCAGAUUACGGUAUAAAAGUGCUUGUGGAUAAGUCUCUCAUAUCUAUUGAUAAGGACUUCGAGACAUUAAUUAUGCAUGACUUGCUACAAGAAGUGGGUAGAGAAAUUGUUCGACAAGAAUCACCCAAAGAACCUGGCAAGCGUAGUAGGUUGUGGUUUCAUGAAGAUGUUCGUCAUGUCCUAGAAGGAAAUACGGGAUCAAAUAAAGUUGAGGGCAUAUUAAUAGAUUUGCCUAAACAAGACUUGAUACACUUGAGCUUCAAAGCUUUCAAGAAGAUGAAAAGGCUCAGACUAUUUAUAAGCCGUAAUGCACGCUUUUCUCAAGAGCCUAAUUUUCUUUCUGAUGAGUUAAGAUUGCUUGAUUGGCCUGAAUAUCCUGGAGAAUCUUUUCCAUCAAAUUUUUCUGGAAGAAACCUUGUUGAGUUAAGUAUGCCUCGUAGUCACCUGAAGGAGUUGGAGGGUGUCCAGAAUUUCCAAAACAUGACAUAUAUGGAUUUCACUGAUUGCAAGUUCCUAAGAAAAAUUCCUAAUGUUUCAAGGAUUCCAAAUUUAGAGAAAAUGACUCUUGAUGGUUGCAAAAAUUUAGUUGAAGUUCAUCAUUCUGUUGGAUUCCUUGAUAAGCUCGUUGUUUUGAGUCUUAGAAAAUGCUCUAAUCUUACAAGUUUUCCAAGAAGCCUCAAGAUGAGAUCUCUCAAAUUUCUUUUCCUUUCGGGUUGCUCAAGGCUUAAAACCUUCCCUGAAAUUGAGUGUCAAAUGGAAUGUUUAGACUCCGUUGACUUUCGAGAUACUGAUAUAGAGGAAUUGCCUUCAUCCAUUGGAAACCUUGUCGGGGUUAGUUACUUAUAUCUGAGCGGUUGCACAAACCUUACAAAUCUUUCGAAUAGCAUUUAUCAAUUGCAAGAUUUAAAGUAUCUUUUUCUCGAUGGUUGUUCAAAAGUUAAGUUUUUAAAAAAGGUGGAGGAUAACAGACAAUCAAUGCCUUCUGUUGUAUCCGUAGAGGAAUCUGCAAUUUCUUCAAAGGUAGAAUUACUCCAAUUUUUGCCUUGGACGAAUGCAAGCAAUUCUAAUGAUGGUUUUUCUUCGAUAGCAUUUCCGAAACUUCGACAGUUGUAUCUUGGUAGUUGUGCCCUAUCGGAGUCAAAUUUCUUUAGAACAGUUGAUUGUGCCUCUGCGUUAAAUGUUUUAGAUCUAUCAGGUAGUGAUAUUGUUACCCUUCCUCCAUGCAUAAGAAGAUUUGUUGGAUUGAAGUCCCUUACUUUGAAAAAUUGCAAGCAACUUCGAGAAAUUCUAGGACUUCCACCAAAUGUAGAAUAUGUGAAUGCUAGCGGGUGUGUGUCAUUGGCAAUAUUUUUAGAAGAAUUUAGAAGAUCUCAAUUGUUUAAUACAUGGGACCCACUAGAGCCUAUUGGGGUUGGAAUGGGAUUUCCUGGAAACAAUGUCCAAACAGAAUCAGAUUUCUUGAUUCAACAUGAUUGCCCUUCUAGUUUGGAAUAUCUAUAUCUAUCAAGUAGCUCUAUUGUUAGCCUUCCUGCCUGGUUCAACAGAUUUGUUGGAUUGAAGCGCCUUGCCUUGAAUGAUUGCAAGCAACUUCGAGAAAUUUCAGAACUUCCACCAACAAUUGGAUGGAUUGACUUGUCCAAUUGCCAUGAACUACGAGAAACUAUGGGGAAUGAUCUGCAAAUUCGUUUAUUGAGUGAGGGACAUCUCGAGGACCAUAAAUUUAGUUGUAUAUUUCCAGGAAAUAAGAUUCCAGACUGGUUCAACCAUCGUAAAGAGGUUUUAAAAAGUAAUUCAUGUCAAAUAGAUAUUAAUGAGCAUGCACCUUUGGAUGAGGAGAUCACAAAAAUUGCUUUCUCUGCUGUUAUUGGAACAAAAGCAUAUAUCACUGAUGUACAAGAUGAAAUAAUAGAGGGUGGACAAGAUGAAGAUGAAGGUACUUUUGAAAUUAUCUUUGAAGUCACCAAUGAUGGUAUACCAAUAUAUUCUUUUGUGGAAGAUAUCUCCGGUCAAAUUCAGUCAGAUCAUGUAUGGUUGCACUAUGAUGUUCCAGAAUCUUAUGAGCUAAAGGGGGAUAAUCUUCAAGUUACAUUUAAGCUAAGAUGGUAUUCAACUUCCUAAGGGACGCCCUGAAAAUGAUGAUGAUAAUGACAACUUGAAAUUCAAUUGGUAAUUCAACUUUCUAAGGCACCCCGUAAUGCUUGUUAAUUUUGUUUUGAGUUUAUUCUUGAAUGUGGUGGCUUUAGAGGAAAAUAUUUGAAGAGAUUACAUGUUAUUUGAU